AUGGUGGAGGUUAUUUUUUCGACGAAAAUAAUGAAAAAAUUGGAGUUGGAAUUCAAAGAGUUGUUGAUAACAAUAUAGUUUAUUACGCUGUUUAUUUCGUUAAAAAUAAUGUUGUUUUAGAUAUUGAUUCUAAAAUGGCUUAUAAAAGUGGUAAAAGAUUUUGUGAAAAAUCUAUUCAUAUAAGUAAUAUAUGUUGUUAUUUUAAAAUUGAAAAUGAAGAUAAAUUUAGCAUAUUUUAUAAUAACGUUGAAAGAUUACAUUUUGUAAAAUAUAAAAAUAAUGAUAAUUAUACUGUUUAUGAAAAUAAUUUUGA